AUGGAGGGGAAUGGUUACAGUCGAUCAUGGCAACAAUGCCAACGUAAAAUCAAAUACAUCAAGCAUGUUUUCAGAAAAGCCAAGGACUCAAACAAGAAGUCCGGUAGGGUUAAGAUAAGCUGUCCGUUUUACGACGAAUUGGACAGAGUGUUAGGAGACCGACCGUCAUUCUGUCCCGGUGAAGGCGACGUGUCGAACUCCAAGCUCGAUUACAGCCAAAACGAGCCUCUGUUCAAUUCCACGGUGGACGCCAUUGCAGAUGCAGCAGUCAGGUUGAGUAGCGCUACGCCCGCUGAAACCCAGAGCGACGACGGCCGUAGCGAUGAUACCACUGGACCAGCAUCAUCAUCAUCCCAGUCCUCCUCCGCAUCAUCCCGAUCAUCAUCGUCAUCAUCAUCAUCAAAGCGAGCGUGUACUUUCAGCCGUGGCCCAAGCAGACGGAAGAGGCCCAGGUUUGAAACGACCCUGGCGGCCUUAUCCAAAGCCAUGGGCAAGGAUGAGGAGGUGCUUGUGCAGAUGCAGCGAGCACAGCAUGCCCAUGAGGAGAAACUGUUCAGGAUGAUGAUGCAGUCAAUCGCAUCUCUUGCCUCAACCAUGGCUUCUGCCCAACACUCUCCUGGGACGCCUGAGGCCCUCGUACAGGAGAGCGUCUCAGCAAAGUAUGAGGGGCCCAGCGUUAAGGAGGAGCUCAGAGUUUUACAGCAGAAGCUGAGAGACUUUGAAGAAGUUAAACAGACCUGUGACAAGUCAGCAGAACACAUUAAGAUCCAGGCCAAGAACACAGAGAGACAGAUUAAAGAGGAGUUUGAGAAUCUUCAUCAGUUUCUACAAGAUGAAGAGUCAGCCAGGAUAGCUGCACUGAGGGAGGAAGAGGAGGAGAAGAGUCAGAUGAUGAAGGAGAAAAUUGAGGAGCUGGACAGAGAAAUGUCAUCUCUCUCAGACACAAUCAGAGAGAUUGAAAAAGAGAUGGAAACUGAAGCUGCGACGUCAUUGGAGAAACACAAAGCGGCAUUAAAAAAAACCCAGUACCCACUGAGGGAUCCAGAGAUGGUCUCAGGAUCACUGAUCAAUGUGGCAAAACACCUGGGUAACCUGAAGUUCAGAGUCUGGGAGAAGAUGCAGGAGAUUGUUCAAUACAGCCCUGUGAUUCUGGAUCCUAACACUGCCCACGGAGACCUGGUUCUGUCUGAUGAUCUGAGUGGUGUUAGAAACAGCAGUGAGAAACAGCAGCUUCCUGAUAACCCAGAGAGAUGCAGACCACACCUGGGUGCUGAGGGCUUUGACUCAGGCUCUCACUGCUGGGAUGCUGAGAUUGGGGAGGAGAAACCCGACCUGAGUGAAUGUGGGUUUGACAACUUGAGUUGAGCAUGUGCAGCUGAAAUACACACUGUCAGAGAGACUGAAGAGACGGAUUCAGUGAUAUGAAAAGACACAUCCCCCACACACUGAAAAGAAUGCCUCAGUGAGGCUGAAGAAAUCUCAGGGGUGUUAAGGCAGUUUGUAUGAAAUAGUUCCUGGUGUAUUUAUUUGUGAAAAUACACAA